GAGGUGGUCCUCCGGCCACGGAGUAUUGGGGUUGCCUCGGCUGCUGUCGCUGGCUUGAGGCUGUGUUCCAGCGGUUCUCGCAGACGUUCGUUCCGUUCCCGGGGACGUUCCGCCGCUGUCCAGCUGCCUCCCAGGACGCUUGAUUCCCAUGUCCCUGAGCACGGAGUGAGCAGGUGGGCAGAGCAGUCACCGGGGAAAUAGGCCCCCCGGGGAGGCGGCAGCGGGGCCAUGGCCCGGAGAUCGGGGCCAGCGCCGGCAGUCUAUGGAGAGGAGUUCUCCUUCGUCAGCCCUGUGGUGAAAUACCUGCUCUUUUUCUUCAACAUGCUUUUCUGGGUAAUCUCCAUGGUGCUGGUGGCUGUAGGAGUCUACGCCCGACUAAUGAAACAUGCAGAGGCAGCUAUGGCCUGCCUGGCAGUGGACCCAGCCAUCCUGCUAAUCAUAGUGGGUAUCCUCAUGUUUCUACUCACCUUCUGUGGCUGCAUAGGAUCCCUUCGUGAAAACAUCUGCCUCCUGCAAACGUUCUCUCUCUGCCUCACCAUCGUGUUCCUGCUCCAACUGGCUGCCGGGGUCCUGGGCUUUGUUUUUUCUGACAAGGCUCGUGGAAAAGUGAGUGAAAUCAUCAACAAUGCCAUCGUACACUACCGAGAUGACCUAGACCUACAGAACCUCAUUGACUUUGGCCAGAAGGAGUUCCACUGCUGUGGUGGUAUCUCCUACAAAGACUGGUCCCAGAACAUGUACUUCAACUGCACAGAAGACAACCCCAGCCGGGAGCGAUGUUCUGUGCCUUACUCUUGCUGCUUGCACAAAUCCAGCCAGACAGUAAUCAACACCAUGUGUGGCCAAGGUAUGCAAGCUCUUGACUACCUGGAGGCUGGUAAAGUCAUCUACACUAAUGGCUGCAUUGACAAGCUAGUCAAUUGGAUUCACAGCAACCUCUUCCUCAUUGGUGGUGUGGCACUGGGCUUAGCCAUCCCUCAGCUGGUGGGCAUCCUGCUAUCUCAGAUCCUUAUCAAUCAGAUCAAAGAUCAGGUCAAGUUACAACUCUACAAUCGGCAGCACCGGGCUGACCCAUGGUAUUAAACACCCAGCCAUUCCCCCACCAGGAUGAAAGGUGGGCAUCAUCUACUGACAGCACUGGGCACAACCCUGGGCAAAGAACAGAGAUUUGGAUUCCCCUCGCCCAGUGACAAAGAGCAAGUUCCAGAGAGGCAGACAAAGGCAAGACAUGCAGAUGGCCUUCAUCACAGAAGGAUGGUCCUCCCUCGUCCUGGGCUGUGCCACAGAUUUCUAACCAUGAGAGGAUUUUUUGGUUUUGUUUUGUUUUGAUUUGUUGGGUCCAUUUGGUUGUUUUUUUAAGUUGCAUUUAAGCAAAAAUGUUUUAGGGGAUGCCAACUGCACAGUGUUGCAAUGGGGCCAGCUUCCUCCUCGUGCAGGCAUCACCAUAAUCAGCCCAGCCUUUUCUGUCCCUGGCCAUUCUCAAAUUAGUGCCAACUAGAUUUGGGCACUGGAGGGGAGUAGCACACCAGUAGCCCCUGCCCUGGGUCCAGCUGGCAUAGUACCAGCUCCAGAAGCUUGACUCUGAGGUAGGGGGAGGGGAGUGAACGGAGGAGUCAAAUGGGGACAGUUAUGUAUGUGUUGGGUAGGACUAGAAAGGGAUACAUCUGCCAACUCCCUAUUCCGUGUUCCCCCUUAGACAAUCAGAGCCAACUCCGUCCUGACCCCUCCUUCAUUUCCAUGGAAAUAUGGUAACAAGGGGGCAGGCAAAGCUGUGGCAGCCAAAUUCAUCUUUAAAAAAACAACAACUUGGAAUUAGGAUAUCUUCUUUGCCUUGUGUCUGGGGACCCUGCCAGCAGCAGCCAAGGAGGUGACACAGCCACACAUACCCUUUUACUCUCUUCCUCUCGCUUGGUACUUUCCCCCAUGAAAAGGCAUUUUCUUAGGCACAUGGGGAUAUUAGACAAUAACCUCCUAGCCUUCCCCAUCUCCCAGCACCAAGACUGACCUGUAUGUGUCCCAGAAUUCCCUCUUUCUAAAGGUAAGAAACAGGAAUCCUGCGGCACUAGAUAAAGAGAUGCACUAAAAGUAUUCAUCUGUGCUGAGCUCAGUGCCACCUUCGUGCAGUCCCGGAAGCCUGGAGGAGACAGGAUAAGGGUUACAGGCUUUCGGGAUGGUGACCCUUGUCUUGUGCCCUGUUUGGAGGAAGGGAGGGAAGGCAGGGAGCAAAAUAGCUCUCUAUUGGCCUCAGUUGCCCGUGGAAGUGAUCUAGCCCUGUUUUCUAUCCCCCACCUCUCUAAUCGGGUACCCCAGGUCUCAGCGAUCCGCAACCUAGUGUUUGAGAUGCCCUGGGGUUUCUAAUUAUCUCAGGGGGUGUCAUAUACGUCUCCAAACAAAACUAAUUUCAAAUCACUUUAAUUAGGAAAACAUGUCAUUCAACAGUUGGGUAGGGCGGGGCAGGUGUCAGGAAAUCCAGCCGCUUCGCUCAUUGGUCUAGGGUGGGGAGAAGAAUCCCUCCCUUCCCGGGUCCGGGCCAGCGCUUGUUCUCUCCGCCCUACCUUUCUCUGGAGGGUGUGCGUGCGGGGACGCUCACAAUCGAACUCAUUCAGGCUUCAUGGCCCUCGGCCCACCUUUCCCCAUCCAGUCUAGAUGGAGAAAGAGCAUCCGCCUCUCCGGGCCUAGAGGCCGGUGUCUGCGGGGAGGGGGUCGGGGG